GUAAAAGACUGUCGACUACCCCUGAUUUCUCUCUUUUUUUGCUUACUCUUUCCAAUUCAAUUGGAAUUCGCCAGCAGUCUACUCCGGCGCCUAUACCCUUUUGUUCUUCCCGUUUUUCCCGCGGAAAUGUCGCGCGCCGAAUCUCUGCGCAGCUGUUCUAGCCCUGUGUAGCCGUGGCAGCUGACUGCCUUGCAGCUCAUUUGUCUUGAAUCGCGUUCGCGGGAUUUCUGGCGUUCUAGGACUUGUCUUUCCGUUUUAUGUCUGUCUCAUGUCUCAUACGCGAUCCAUCUACUCAACGCGCAACCUCGCACUCUCUGCUGCGAGUGACAACGUGCAGACUCUUCAUGCUUUUCUCAGCGCUUUUGUUCGCGGUAGAACCCCGGUCUGUCAACCGGCGUACUCACCUUUGCGCCAUUUUAACGGUGGUGUCUCUCUUGCGUCGGCUCCUUUUUACCUUACCCUCGCCAUUCCCUUUGUCUUUUUGUUUCGUCUGAGUUCACGCGUGCAUUGCCAGUCUUCCUGCGUCUUGGGAGAAGCCCGCUUCGGGUGCCUCUUUGCAGCGCACAUUCCCCGCGGUUGUAGCCCCGCCCGAGUAGCGGCUGGUCGAGAGUCGUUUUUUGCCGACCAGAAGAAGCGGCUCUGCUCAAGUCUGCCUUUACUGUUUCCUGUAUGCCCUCUUUUCUCUUUUUUUCUCGUUCUCCUGCCUCAUUCCCGUCGAAAGAACUCGGAUUUCCUCACCAGCUUGGUGGAAGUCUCUCCGGGCAACCUUGCGACAUUCCUUUAGGCUCAACCACGUCCUCACUUCUCUCAAGCGUCUACCCAUCCUUUUACUCACUUGCUUUUGCUUCCUACGCCUACUGACGCCUUUCUGUCGCCUGUGGUCCGUUUCAUAAAGUUCUAGUUCGUACGCGUUCGAUAGCAGGUUCCGCUCUCGGUUCCCUCAGUUCCCCGGGGGCGGACGCAAGUGCUUUCCGCGCUUUUCUCUACUGUCUUUUCCGUUGCUGUCUUGUCGCCGCAACGCCUCCUCCAGCCUCUCUGACAGACAGGCAAAGUCCUUUACGCCAACAUCAUUUGUGCGCAUGUGCAUGCACUCGAGAAGCGAACCGUAAACCCCAGCACCUCAAAGGGCCUAAACAUAACGCUCGAGAGCAGGCGCCAUGGACGAGGAGGUUGUCUCUUCAGUUAUGGAGGAAGAGAGCGAGCAAACGUCUCUUGCUUCUUCCGACGACGAAGGCGACGAAGCGUUCGCGCGCGACCUCGACGCGGAGAUGUCUGCUCUUCUCAGUCAGCUGCAGCCGCCGGCGAAGCACAUAACCAAGAGCCUCGCGCCUGGGCUGCCGAAGAAGGCCGGCUUACCUCUGCAUGCGCGGAAGAAACUUCCUGCGCUCGUGCCUCCGAAGAGCAUGGCAGUUCUCGGAGUCAAGGCGAAAACGCCUUCUCUGUCACUGCCCCAGGCUGCAGGAGCGGGAAGUUCUGAACUCAGCCAAACCGACACUGCCUCUCCUGCGAGUAUGCACACCCCGCAGGACUCACCCAAGGCAGAAGGAACUGAGGAGAAACAUGAACGAGAAGAUGAAUCGCGUCCAGACGCGACGCUUCAGAAGAAAGCCUUCCCGCGGCCUCCGUCGGUGAAGCCUACGCUCGAAAAGUCACCUUCCCUUUUCCCGCGACCUCCUAAGUUAGGGGGACCUGCAGACAGCAAAAGCAAAGCUAUUCCGAAACCGACAGUCGAGCAUCGUCCUGCUCCUUCUGCGCCUCUGCGGAUGCCGCCCAAGGCGACGGCGGAGCCGCAGCCCAGUGCAGGACCCAUGACGCAAAGCCCUGUCUCAGUGAAGUUUCCUCGCCCCGCCAAGGCGCCUGCCCAAGAGAAGGCAGAGCAUGCGAAAAAAGUUGUGCUACCCAAACAGUUCGGUGGAACACUGGGAGCGAAAACGGAAGCCCCGAAGAAGACAGCAGCUGCUUCCAAGUCUUCUCUGCCUCCACAGUCUCUGUUCCCUCGUCCUCCCGCUCUUCUUUCUGAGUCGUCGCCGUUGGCGUCGCAGCCAAGCUCUCCUCUCUCAACCUCUUCUCCUUUCCCCGAGUCUCCUGCUUACCGUGGAUCUCCUCCUCAUCCACCCGCUGCUCCGCAUGCAGCCGCUUCUCCACACCCAAGCGCUUUCCCGCACCCAGGCUCUCCUCCGCAGCUGAGAGCGCCUCUUCCGGACUUUGUGUCGCAUCCAAAUGCGCCGAAGGAGACAGGGACCUGGGCAGAAGGCGCCGUUUGGGAGACCCGCCUGGACCAUGCAGACGGAGACAGCGACGAGGGUCGGGGCCGCAGAGACUCGACGACGACAAGUGAAAGCGUGGAAGAGGCGCGGAGAAGGGAGGGCAGAGCCAUCCCGGGAAGCCUCGCCAGAGUGGCGCACAAGAAGUUGGCGGAUCGCCCGCUGGCGACCGAGACAGAAGCAGUAGGGGGACCGAGCCCCAGGCCGUCCCGCGAAGCAGGCGACAGGAGGAACGCACACCGUCUCGACGUGGAUGACGAGUGCAGACAGUUCGCCGCCCACAUCCUCGAUGAAGCAGAAGCCGACGCAGAGGUCACUGCCACCGCCGAGGUGUCUGGAGACGUCACCGGCGAAAUUUGGCUUGACGAAAUCCUCGAGUCUGAAUCGGACAACGACUUAGAUCCGCUGGACCACCGGUGGGGCAUGCUGCUCUCGGACCCGCGCUGGGAACUGCAGCGCAUGCAGCCGCGCUACCAGUAUACGCCUGUGGUGCAGGCGUCGUACGUCGCUUCUUGCCCGUUCGGUACUUCCGUGGGCGUCCGGGCGCCGCCCUACCGGAGUCUCUACCGUCGGCCGAAGAACUACGUCGUAGGCGUCUCCUACUUGCGGCACUACGAACUCCCCACGGUCUCUCGCCUCCUCAAGGCCCCCGCCCCGGAGUUCCUCCGCAAGCGGCCCUGGACGAAGCACCCAGAGGGCUUCAAAGGCAUGCCUGUCGGCGGCGGCCUCCACUUCGAAAUCGAUCUCUGUGGAGGCAAGCCGCGCAGGGCAGGCAGAGAAGAGAGAAACGUUUCUCAGCGGUGCUGGAAGGAGACCAGGCGAAGCAGCAGAGCGAACAGAGACGCCGCUUGGUUUGCGUGAGAGAAGAAGAAGACCCAGGAGCGACUCUUCGUUUCUCUGGGUCAACGCAGCAGCACUACGGACAAUUUGCGUGUCUCGCUGAUUGGGUGGAGUCGGUUCUUCGAGCUAAGUGGAAGAGCAGCCUUCUUCCCAUGCCUGUGCCUCUUGGCUCUUUUCUGUGUGCUUUGUGCAUGCGAUGAAGACACAACCGCGCUGCUUUGUUGUUCAUCUGGACACUGUCGACUUCGCCUGGCACCAUUCCGAGGCGAGUCGUUCCCUCCCGAAACGCAUUUCGUUUCAAUUUGCGAAGCUGCGCAUGCACGGCGGAUCUUAGGAAAAGCACAGCUCCACGACAGUGAACGGAAGAGACUAGAGAGAAUGGAGAUAAACAUGAAAAGCGAGAUGGAGAGAAAGAGGAGGGGAAGA